GGCUAGCUUCUAUCUUUAUCUGGAUGACAAAAUGACGUCAGCUUUGGGGAAAAGGGGGGUGUUCUGGUUAAUGGGGCGAUAUGCCAGGGGAUUUGCACCAACAGGUGCUUCUGGCUUAUCUAACCAGUCUGACAUGGACGUCAGGUCUCAUUGUCGAUGUUCUUGGAGCCCUGCUGAUGCUGAGGGCAGUGUCGCUUGCACCUGUCUCUGUAGUGCAGCCUGUCUCAGCAUGUGGGCUGGCGAUUUUGGCGCUAUUCUCACAUUUCUACCUGAAGGAAAACAUGCAAGAAGGCGAUUGGUUAGGAGUUGCACUCGCUGCUGCCGGAACCAUCGGUGGGACACCCUGGUCUGAUCUUCAAAUUCAAAUCCGGUACAAUCCGGAAAUUCAUCAUCGUCACUGUGAUUGUUAUUGUCAUUCUUUGCUGAUGUUUAUUGCGUUGAAUGGUUAUUAUCAUUCAGACUUUGAUGUUAUGUUAUUGGUGUCAAUGACUGCCACAGGGCCAUUCGUCUACGGUGCUGUCGGGAUUUGCUUGAUGCAUGCAUUGUGGGUGGUUUAUGCAAGGAAGAUAGUUUAUGUCAAUGGCAAACAGAGUGCUGCUUUGGAAAUAAAAGUCUUAUGUUUGCUCAAGGGAACAAUGGAAGCUGUCGUGGACCGAUGGGCCCAAAUUCAGAAACACUGGAAAAGGUACCAUCAGAUGGAUGUUGUGGCGCCGCUUGGGGGCAAGGAGUCUGCAGAUGUACUGGAGGAAAUUACAACGGGCGCAGAAGCCGGUGCCUGCUUCGGUUUGUCAGCAGCAAUGGCGAGGACAGGAUUUCUACUGGCUCAGAGUGGCUAUCCUCGAUUAUGCAUACCGGUUGGGAUCGCCUUCAGUAUCUCGCUCAGCAGUGGUGGCUUUCUCUGUCAGACGAGGGGCUUGAAAGAAGGUCGUGCUGUGGUAGUCUCAACAUGUGCGGCUGUUGCAUCAAUUGUCACGGGAGUUCUAGUUGGAAUGGUUGCAUUAGGAGAAUCUCUGCCACAAUCUUUUUUGUUGCGCUUCAUUCGUUUCUUGAGUUGGAUGCUAAUUGUUGGCGGUGUUGUACUCCUUGUAAAUAUGGGCAAACCAACGAUGCUUAGGCGUUACAUGCGUCGAUAUGCAGAGUUUAGCAGUGCCGCUGUGAAUGGUAUUACCUGUCUUCUUGAGGUUGGAGUUGUUUUCAACCUUGUAUUGAGUGCACUCUGAUCAUGGCCAUAUGUAUUUGCAGCAUCUGCCUGGUCUGUUGAUAGAAACUAUUAGAAGGGUGAGAAAUGCAAGGAAGGCGAUAUAUAUCUGUUUGACGAUAUUUGAUGAUAUGAUAUAUGAUAUAUAUCUGCAUAAGAUCGGAGAGUUGAUUCUCGACUGUUUCAAAGUUGCAGCACUUGCACAUCUAGCGAUAGCGAUCAGUUUGCAGCACCUGUCUUUCUAUAUGAACUACUUGAAUAGUAGUAGAAAGGCCAGGUGCACAAGAGCUCAUUCACACAGAACAGAAGGCAGGUGGUUGAGUUUUGGCUCAACGCGUUACAGUGGCCGAAGAAAGCCCUUAGACUAUGGUAGUGUUGUAUAGCAUUGUGGAGGCAGCAAGGGCUUUCUCUGCGAAUACAUCGAUAUGAUCCAGUUUGUGUUGCGAAGGAGGAAUUGCUUUGCUGCUGAGGCAACAGUUGGGAGGGAGGCGGUCACCUGUUUCUGACCUUGGCUCGAAGGAAAUGCUGCUUCUCGAGUAGCAAGGGUGCGCUGCAACCCAUCUAGUCUUGGGUUUGGAGUUCCUCUGGAGUGAAAGCGCUCUUUCUCUGUAGAGACGACCAGGCCGCAUGUAGACAACACCAAGAGGCACAUUCAUGUUGCAAAUCCUUGUGGCUUGCGUUGCCCUCUUGCAGCGCAUGCAUCAGAGGAGCUCAUUUCGAAAUGAUUGGAUGGCAAUGGCAAUCUGACAACAUCAGUUUAUCAUCCCUCGCUUGAGACAUUCCGCAUUAUUGAAGCACCGUUUGGAAUUCGCGAAGUCUGCGUGCCUCUGCUGGAUCAGCAGAUUCAGCACUCCAUGCAGACCUAGAGAGGUCUGUGGCUUCAUCGAGUUCAGUGUCGAUUGGCAAAUUUUGGUCGUGCGGAGUCGGUCUUCACUCAGACAUACAAGACAAACUGAGAACAGGAGCUGUAGAGGUAUACAGGGAUAAAGAACCAAAUGACUGGAUGAGCUUCUGGCUCAUGGUCGGGAGUAGCUCACUGUAGGAGGACCCUGGGAAUGCUGUGAUGGGAGGGCAAGGAUAGAGUACCCGCUGGCUGGAAUGAUAACUUUUAUUUCGGUACCUAAAACUGGUGGCUUUAGGGGGUGUACGGUGUUCUUCUGGCUCAUGGUCGGGACUAGUACUCUGUAGGAGGACCCUGGAAAUGCUGUGAUGGGAUUGCAAGGAUAGAGUCCCCAUUGACUGGACUGGUACCUAAAACUUUUCAUUUUGGUACCUCAAACUGGUGGCUUUAGGGGGUGUACGGUGUUGUCUCUAGGGUACCAAAAUAUGGCCCAUACUUCGGGUCCUAUUCUGGAGUGGAUAAUUGCCCAGGUAUUAAUUUGUCAUACCUGAGCAAUCCGUUUUCACAACCUUCCAGUGUAGGAUUCCUUCCGCGAUCAAAGAAGCGGUCUCCCAUGCACCGAGCUCUACAAUCAAGUAUGGAGUCUAUGGACAGAGUUUGCGUUGUCGAGGCUAUAUGUUGUAGAGGUGCAGUUCUACAGAGUUUGCGUUGUCUAGGCUAUAUGUUCUAGAGGUGCAGUUCUACAGAGUUUGCGUUGUCGAGGCUAUAUGUUGUAGAGGUGCAGUUAUCGGAAGGCAGGAAAAGGCUCGUUAUCCGGUUUGGGAUGGCAUCAUGAACACUGUGUUUGCAGUUGUAGAGUGGUUGGGCAGAUGCUAUUUUGCAUUUGAAACACACACACAGACACACACACACACACACACACACACACACACACACACACACACACACACACACACACACACACAGGCAUGCACCAAGGUGGGGAUGAUGCAGCACAAUGGAAAGGAAUAGACAAGUGGUGAUUUGCUAGGAUGUAAUGAUUGGCAUGCCACGAGUGGACAGAUGAUGAUGUGGAAGAAAUAAUGCCGCAACAUCUAAGUGUCUCAUUAAGUUGGAAGGUAAUGUUUGCUUGAUGAUCGUGGUGAGCUGCCUUGAUGAUGGAUAGCAGGACGAAUGAAUUGAAAAGCGAGGAUGAAACUGACAGGUGUGGAUCUGCAUGUACAUGAGAAGGACUUUGUCGGCAGUGGACUGCUGGAAGGACCGAUGAUGUAUGAUGCGUUGAUUGACAAACGAGUAGAGGAGAUUGUGGCUCUUGUGCGUUCCUCUCCUCUGAGCUAGUGUCGAAGAGGUUGAGUAUUUGAUAUGAAGUAUUGUGGCACAAGCCUGCUGCCACUCCGUCGGUGUGGUACAAAGGGACAUGAUAGGCCUCUUGCCAUUCCGGCGAGAAUGACUUUCUCUUUUGCGGCGGAAAGGCUUAUUGACCAAUGGAAGGACUGAUGAUGUAUGAUGGAUGGAUUGACUAGGUCGCACGUUGCACAGAUUGUGCCUUCUCGCUCUCUGUGAGAGAGUGUCGAAGAGCUCAAGUACUGAACCUGAAGUAUUGUGUCGUGAGCAGGUUGGCACGGAGGUGCGGCAGUGCACAUCCGGAUUGCAAUCUUUCUCAGCGAGUCGAGGGAGCAAUGGGAAAUGGUUGGCCUCUUGCCGUCACAGCGAAUGUCUGUCUCCUUAGCAGACACCGACCAGCAGGGUAUCCUCUCACUAGCCCAUAGCAACGUCAUCCUUGAGGUUCGGUUCCCUGUCGCUUGUCCUGGUUUCCUCAGUCACUUGCAUGCUUUGCGCUAUACGAUUCUUUUUAAUUAUUUCCCUUCUUCCUAGAUCACAGGCUGCUGCCGCCUUUUCUGCUUUGAUAUCAACUGCUGCAUCUGAACUUCUGAAGGUUAAAACCUGUUUUGCUGCUGGUUCCUAUGUCUCGUCGUGAAUCCGAAAGGUGUGAAGCCGCAGGAGUGGACAAUGUGGUCAUUGUGGUGAAGGGGGAAGCUUCUACUGGCUCUGUGACAAUGUGGUCAUUGUGGUGAAGACCCUGAAGGGGGAAGCUGCUACUGGCUUUAUGAGCCCAUUGACACAACAGUGAAGAGGAGGGCAGUCCCUGAUGAUCUAGCAUAAUGAAGUAUCCAGUUCUGGUUUCCAAUGAGGUAAUGAAAUAGGAGAGACGGGGAAUGUGGUAUUUCAGUGGAUUGAGGAGGGGCUGUGGAGGUGGGGUGCGUUCCGAUGGGCAAGUGUGCUCAAGCGGCCCAAGUGAAAUGGUGGAAAAUUUUGUGGGAAGCAUUGGCGUGGAGCCCAAAAAUAGU